GAAUUUAGGUUACGAUUGUCUGUGAUAUAGUGCCAUGUUAAUCAGCUCCUCGACCACAAAGCAAGCCAUACAAAGAUAUUGGAGUGACUUUCGCUACCACUAAAAAGUGAAGAGGACCAUUUGCUGAAGGCUUGCCUUGACACUAACUAUGGACUAUUGGAGUGCCUUGGAGGUGUACAAGGAGAUGCUGUUGCUCUACCUGGAGGAAGGCAGGCGGCUUGUGAACACCAGCUGUGAGGAGCUGGAACCAUGGCAGAUCAUUGGAGCUACUCUCAUAUCUACCUUGGGAGCAGUCUGGGUCAAAGGCUUCCUGUUUCAGCAAGAAACCCUGACAUCCCGAAUCAAGAAGCGGUGCUUUCGACUCAUCAGAAAAAUACCCUUUGUUGGCGCGGCAAUCCAGACCCAGCUGAAAAAGGCCUUGGAUGACAUGUCUGUCAGUCUUUGCGCACUGAAGGAGGGCAUGAGCUACACCAAACAGCUGCCUGAACAAGGGCUAACACAAGCUGAAGUUCUAGACAGGAUCAGCGAGUACGAAACACUGAAUGAAGUGGAUUGGGAGAAAGGACGAGUGUCAGGUGCAGUGUACUGGGGAGAUCAGACACUUACCAAACUUUUGGUGAAGGUGUAUGGAGACUUUGCAUGGAGCAACCCACUUCACCCAGACAUCUUUCCUGGUGUGAGGAAGAUGGAGGCAGAGGUUGUAAGAAUGACGUGUACCCUCUUCAACGGUGGGCCAAACACUUGUGGCACAGUCACCUCUGGAGGAACAGAAAGCAUAUUGAUGGCAUGUAAGGCGUACAGAGACAUGGCCUAUGAGCGCGGUGUGAAACAUCCUGAAAUCAUUGCACCAGUCAGUGUCCAUGCAGCCUUUGACAAAGCAGCAAACUACUUUGGAAUGAAGCUUGUUCACAUCCCCCUGGACAAAAAUACAAUGAAAGUGGAUGUUAAGGCGAUGAGGAGAGCCAUCAGCAAGAACACAGCCAUGCUUGUAUGUUCUGCACCCCAGUUCCCGCAUGGAAUCAUUGAUCCUAUUGAGGAAGUAGGAAAGCUGGCUUUAAAGUACAACCUCCCUCUGCAUGUGGAUGCUUGUUUGGGAGGGUUUCUCAUUGUGUUCAUGGCCAAAGCCAAUUACCCACUGGCUCCCUUUGACUUCAGGGUAAAGGGUGUGACCAGUAUAUCUGCAGACACACACAAGUAUGGCUACGCCCCCAAAGGUUCAUCAGUGAUCCUGUAUAGUGACAAGAAGUACAGGCAUUACCAGUACUUUGUGGCUCCAGACUGGCAAGGGGGCAUCUAUGCGUCCCCAUCAGUGGCAGGAUCUCGGCCAGGCGGUAUCAUUGCAGCGUGCUGGGCUACCAUGAUGCACAUGGGAGAGGAUGGCUACGUAAAGGCCACCAAGAAGAUAAUUGACACUGCACGUACCAUCAAGACAGAAAUCCGUAAGAUAAAUGGGGUGUUUGUGUUUGGAGACCCUGAAGUGUCCGUGGUGGCAAUGGGCUCUGACGUCUUCGACAUUUUUCGUUUAUCCAACGCACUGACUUCAAAGGGAUGGAAUCUCAACACGCUACAGUAUCCAUCCAGCAUCCAUAUCUGUUGUACUGUACUGCACACACAUGAAGGUGUGGCCAAACAGUUAAUCAGUGACGUCAAAGAGCAGGUGGCUCUCAUUUUGAAAAACCCCAAUGAGAAGACCACUGGAAUGGGAGCAAUCUAUGGCAUGGCCCAGUCCAUCCCUGACAGAUCCAUGGUGACCGAGAUCUCCAGAGGCUUCUUGGACUGCCUCUACAGCACAGAGGAGCCCAAGUCGUCUCAGCCUCAGAAGACCCAUAUGAAUGGCAACGGCAAGGCCCACUGAGUCAGGAGUAGGAGUAGGCUGGCUGUGGCCUGGACACACACCUGGGUCAUGUUCAUUAGGGAACAUAAUGGUAAGCGUUGUAAAACUUUUUGCAACGGAAAAUGAAAAGGAGCAUUUACUGGAUAAGUUCAAGUAGUCCCUCCAUGUUUCAGUCCAUUUCCUUCAGGUCGGUGACUAAUGAACACGGCCCUGGUUACCAACCUGCCUCACCUCUGGUCCACCCACUACAUCACUCAACAUUUGCCUUAUCCUGCCCACCUUUUAUCUAUCUACUCACCUUUUUUCAGAUAUGUUCUGAAGCACAAGCCAUUGUUUUUAGCUAUCUUGAGGAGAAUUCUUCAAAUAUGUAGAAAGUGAAAGCACCUAUUGUAAAAAUAUAUAGAAUAGUUGCUCAAACCAUUGAGGGGUUUUGGUCUGGUUGUAUUAAUUGUCCCCCAGGAUGAAAUCAGGGAUGGGACUAUUGAUCUGUCUCCGUCCAUUAGUACAUUCAUAUGUUAGUCACACGCGAUAUCUCAGACAGCACUGCCCUGAUUUUGACUAAACUUGUGUGAAUGAAAAAACACUUAAUGCUACUCUUCUGACACCGAAUGAGCGAUCUGCAUGAAACUCAAUAUGUGGCACCUAUGGACAAAGGUCUCUCAGCGCAAUAUUUUCCAGACUAGUACCUAAAACAACAUAGCCACUAUUGAGUCUAGCUAACCCACGCAAUAUUUUGAUGAAACUUGGGGGAAUUAUCUGUCUUUUAGAAAAGUUUGUGGUCAUACGCACAUCCUUAAAAACGUAGGUGCUGGGCUAAUAAAUAAUACGUGUAAAGAACAGGAAAGCCUGCACACUGUUAAAGCUCCCAAUUCACAGCUUUAUUGACAACGUUUCGAUCCAAAACAGAUCUUCAUCCAGUCAAACAGACUGAGUGCUCACAUCCCAAAAUAUACACAUUUCACCUCCCGUGACCAUUGCACACGACGCAUGGUGGGUGUGGAACCAAUUCACUUUUGCGCAUAGUCAAUCAUUAUAAUUAAUCCCAGAGGUACUCAUGGUCAUAAAUGAUUACAUGCAUACAAAUUAAAACGUAGGCAACAGUAAAAAGAUGACUUUGGAAACAGUUGGAAUACCCACCAUAUGACCAUUAUGUGCAGGACGUGCGGUGGCCGUAGAUAUAAUUACAAUGACCUAUUUCAAAAACAACUUGCCUACCUCUAAUAAUUUGAUAUCAAUGAGAUGGGCGCAUGUAGUAGUUACAGCAAAUCAUAUGUACAAAAUGACCAAGUGGAGACCUGGAUGGCAAGACAAAUUGAACGUAACAUAUUCAUGUAAGAAAUGGUCUGAUAUCAAACUCUUGGUCCAGACCUCUUGGAGACAUGGUGGACAAACGGUGAAUUCAAUACAAUUCUCUUCUCAGUAAUAGAUUAUCAGUAUGUCCGCCGCUCCUAGUAGCCUUAACAUGUUCGAUACCAAUGUAUCUCAGAGAUCUGAUGUUGUGACGAGCCUCCAUGAAGUGCACAGCCACAGGGUUUCUCUGAUCAAGGGUCCUGAUAUUACUCCUGUGUUCUGCUAUCCUUGUUUUCUGAGAUCGUUUUGUUUUUCCUACAUACCAUACACCACAAAUACACUUUAUCAGGUAUACCACAUUUGUAGAACAGGUAAUGAUACCCUUAAUCUUAAUGGGGUGAAUGUGCAUUUGUUAGUGAAAUUACACUGGAUACAUCGGCCACAUCUUUAGUACCUUCCUAGACAAUGCGCCGGACGGUAAUUAUGUGACACACGGUGGAAGAUCAGACCUCACCACCAUUUGGCUGAAUUGGAGGCGCGUCUGAAGAGUACCCGGGAAGGUUCUUUAAAUGUCUUUUCCAGUUGUAGGUCAGUGCUCAAGAUGUGCAAUUUAUUUGUAUUUCUUUUUAAGAUAUGGUUGAACUGUUUGUCAAGUGGGGAAUAUUGAAGGAAGAAUUGGAAUUGUUAGUCGGGGGUGGGAUGGAUUGGGAGUGAGUGUCAUCCUGGGUCAUAUUUUUGUAACGGUCCCAUGCAGCCAUUCCUCUGGGUUACCUUGCUGUCUGAAGUGCUCAUCCAGACCGUGUGCUUGUUUGUCAUAAUCACUCUGUGUACUACAGAUCCUGUGUAUGCAACUGUACAGGCUUGCGAAAGUAUUCAACCCCCUUGGCAUUUUUCCAAUUUUGUUGCCUUACAACCUGGAAUUAAAAUAGAUUUUUUUUUUGGGGGGGGGGGGGUUGUAGUAUCAUUUGAUUUAAACGACAUGACUACCAUUUAGAAGAUGCUAAAUAUUUUUUUAUCGUACAAGAAAUAAGACAAAACUGAAAUCUUUAGCGUGCAUAACUAUUCUUCACCCCCCCCCAGAGUCAAUACUUUGUAGAGCCACCUUUUGCAUCAAUUACAGCUGCAAGUCUCUUGGGGUAUGUCUCUAUUAGCUUGGCAUAUCUAGCUACUGGGAUUUUUUUCCCAUUCUUCAAGGCAUAACUUCUUCAUUUCACUUCACCAAUUUUGAAUAUGUCCAUUAUAUGAAAUACAAAUAAAAAAUCCACUUAAAUUACAGGUUGUAAUGCAACAAAAUCGGAAAAACGCCAAGGGGGAUGAACACUUUUGCAAGGCACAGUAUUGGCUGGUAGGGAGGCUCUUAAGGGUGUAGGGUGGAAGCCAUCUCCGCGUAACAGGGAAUCCCUGUUCCGUCGGCUUCCUAUAGGCCUGUGCUAAAGCCACAGACCUAUAGCCUUAGAUCUAGCAUUUACAAAAUUACUCAUUGGCCCAAGGGAGGCACUACAGUAAUCAACUGUAUGUACAUUAGUCACAUGCGAUAUCUCAGACACAACUGCACUGCAUCAUUCGUGGGGGAUGACAUGUUCACUGUUGCCUUGUUUAACACCUGAUUCAAAAAAAGCACAUCUCAAUAGGUGGUUCAGGUAAAUCAUGACAUAGCUAAAGGUGGGCUUUCCUAUUUUUCUCUAUUGCUUCUCUACUAUUCCUCAAGCAAGGGAGAGGCUGAUCACUUUUUUUUUUACCCUUUAGUGUGUGUACAUUGGGAUAUCGCUUUAACAGUAAAAUUUUUUUUUUUUAAACAAUCGCCAGAGGACAUCUUUAAUACUCAAUGUUCCAGGUACAACAGCGUUGGUCAGUCUCUGUUUUAACUUAAAAGCACUAAUGUCCUAGUGAAAGAAAUAAUUACCCAAUGAACAGGAAGGAGCAAUGUUCUCUGCAUGUAUUUGUAAGGACAACAUACUUGAAUCAUUUAAGACUUGAGCCCAUUUUGAAUUUAACAUUACCUUCCUAGGCUCUUGUACUAUAUUGUAUAUAUUCAUGUAUUCCUAAUUGUGGUCAGUUUGUGGCUAAUUGCAUCCUUCAGUAAUAAUUUAGACUGCAAGAAAUCCUGGCUGCUGUAACACACUACCUAGUAUACUGUACACUGCCACUAUGUUAAGAAUCUGAGACUGCAAUCCUCUGAUUUGACAACAUAAAUUCAUUACCCCCUGUGUUCUUUGAGACAAUGGUUUAGACCUUAAUUGACCUCAAAGGACAGAAUACAUACUGAAAUAAUAUCUUUAAGUUGUAAAGUCUCCAUCUCAGUUAAGUUAUGUGUUCUUGUAGCUAAUUAAUUGAUUUGGCUUCUCAUUUUAUCUACCUCAGUUUCUGUUCAAUGCAAUUGUGUUGCUUGUUCACAGUCAUUAUAGGUCUAAAGAAUA